UCCGGUGGGCGGAGCUGAAGGGUGUGUGAAAGAAAUGACCACAAAUGUCAAAUUUCUGCAGUGUGCAUGACGUUUGUUGUAGCUAUGAAAUGCUCGUGUGGCUAAUGUUUGGCGAAUAUAUUCCGAUUUGAUUUAUGGUCCAUCCGCGUUUGGCAAGGAAGCUCGCACGGCAUUGACGGCUCAGUGUUGGCAAUUGAUCAUCCUUUUCUUCUUCGAACUUGUCCGCUUUCUCUAGCUAAAUUAGGUUGUUAAUAUAUGUAGCAAACAUUUCUUGCCUUUUGCCUAAUAAUGCAGGUAUGCAUUUAACUGGCUAUAUCGUUUUGUAGCAUGCUUGAAAAUGCAUCUUACUGAGUAAUCGACCAUGUUUUGGUUUGAUUGUCAGCUAGCUAACAUGAUACGUGUUAUUUAGCUAGCCUAGCAGAAGCAGGGAUUUGACUGCGUACCCUGUCCCGUCAGCUAGCUAGCUGUCUUUCUAGUGCGCUUGGCAUUCCAUAGUACACAUUGGGAAUAAAUAGCACCAACAUGUAUGCAAGUCGCAAGAGGAAAAAGCCCCAGAGAAGUGCGAAGCCACCUCCAGAAGGAGCCAAAUCAAACCCUUCCAAGAGGCACCGGGAACGCCUGAAUGGGGAGUUGGACAGGCUGGCCGGUCUGCUUCCUUACCCCCAGGAUGUCAUCUCCAAGCUGGACAAACUGACCAUCCUCAGGCUUUGUGUCAGCUACCUGCGUGUCAAGAGCUUUUUCAAUGUGACCCGACAAUCCACAGCCUCCCAGCGCCCAGAGUGUAAUGUUCUGAAGAAGCAAGACCUUCACGUUCCAGAGGGAGAGCUGUUACUACAGGUGUUGAAUGGCUUUGUUCUGGUCGUCACGGCUGGUGGCACAAUCUUCUAUGCAUCCUCCACCAUCCAGGACUACCUGGGCUUUCACCAGGACCGCCCUUCAGCUUCCAGCCAGCCCUUCCGGAAUAAGCAAAAACACACUGUAGCUAGCACAAACCUUCGGAGUUUGGACAUCGUUUGCCACUAACAUGAAGAAUAGGGUGCAUAAAACAUCACACACAUUUUCCAAACGUUAUAAAAACCCUUCUACACUAAAACGGGUGACAUAUUAGAGAACUGCAACUUGUUAAACGUUACGAUCUUGUGGCUAGCAAGCAGCAACUAACGUUAGCUAGAAUAGCUAAUGUUAGCUAGCAUUGUUCAGCCCAUAGAAACCCAGACAGCUAAUAACUUUAGCUUGCUGACUAUCAACUCGAAAUCGGCCAGCUAAUCAAAUGUAUGUUUUAUUUCAAAUUGAACUAAUUCGCUAAUUAUAGGCUGAACAUUUCCUUAACCCACUAAAGUUAUUCAUUUUCCUUCUUGGAUGUCCUCGAUUUACAUAGUAGGGCAAUGUGAAUCUUACAUGCAUUCUAUCUUGCUAGCUAACUACUACUGUACGACCCAUGUUCAGUUCUGGCAAGUUUCCUCCCUGCUUCCUAAUUUUGCAUGAACAUGAACGACCCUAAACAUGAAUAGAUUACAAAGAUCAGACUACAGCAAGUAUGACCAACAAAACCAAAAGAGAGAUGAGUCCUCUUUUAUCAAGUCAGCCUAGAAUGUCUAAUGUAACAAUUACUACUGUAAAGAUAAAACAGAGCGCAUGUACAACAUUUACUACUGU